AUGCUGAAGAAAGCCGCGAAGCUGCUCAAUGCUGCUAACGGUGACGAAGCUGCUAUCAAGAAAGCAAACGGCCUCGCAGCUUUAGCGAAGGCCAUUGCGAAAGCCAGUGAUGACGAAGUGGCUGCAGUAAUGACUUUGGUGAGGGAGGCCAAGGGAGACGAGGCCCAUACCAUGAGAUUUAUCCUCGGUUUUGCGCAGAAGGAAGGCAACAUGGCCACUGAAGAAUCUACAGCCAUAGUGUCCAAAAAGAUUGCGGAGACUGUGACAAAGAACCCUUCAUCUUGGGGUCUCCUGAAGGAGUUUGCCCUGGGUGCUACCGCCGGUGGAUUCGCCGUGGGUGGUGCUUACAAGCUAUUGACGGACAAAAAUUCUUAA